CAAACCCCACUAGCCAGUGUCAGCCUCGCGGCGGGAGGAGGCGGCGGCGGAGGAGGAGCAGGGGGAGGGCUGUCAAAUUCGGGAGCCAGAUUUUUUUCCCUUCCCCUGGCAGUCCCUUCCGCUUCCCCGGCUCCUGGCGUGACAUCUGCGCACCGGGGACCUGUAUGUGUGUGCGCGCCGAGGAGCGGAAGAAUGGCAGUGCUCAAACUCACCGACCAGCCACCACUGGUCCAAGCAAUCUUCAGUGGUGAUCCAGAGGAGAUACGGAUGCUCAUCCACAAAACUGAAGAUGUCAACGCUCUGGAUUCUGAGAAGCGAACUCCGCUUCACGUGGCCGCGUUUCUGGGAGAUGCAGAGAUCAUUGAACUCCUGAUUCUGUCAGGAGCUCGUGUAAACGCCAAGGACAACAUGUGGCUGACCCCCCUGCACCGGGCUGUUGCUUCCAGAAGUGAAGAAGCAGUGCAAGUGUUGAUUAAGCACUCGGCUGAUGUCAAUGCGAGGGACAAGAACUGGCAGACCCCCCUGCACGUGGCAGCAGCCAAUAAGGCCGUCAAGUGUGCGGAAGUGAUCAUUCCCUUGCUGAGCAGCGUCAACGUCUCCGACCGAGGGGGACGCACGGCCUUGCACCACGCCGCUCUGAAUGGCCACGUGGAGAUGGUCAAUUUACUCUUGGCCAAAGGGGCAAACAUCAAUGCAUUCGACAAGAAGGACCGGCGUGCUCUGCACUGGGCAGCGUAUAUGGGCCACCUGGACGUGGUGGCAUUGCUCAUUACCCAUGGCGCAGAAGUGACGUGUAAAGAUAAGAAGGGUUACACCCCACUGCACGCUGCAGCUUCCAACGGGCAGAUCAACGUGGUCAAGCAUCUCCUGAAUCUGGGGGUGGAGAUCGAUGAAAUCAAUGUGUAUGGAAACACGGCGCUUCACCUGGCCUGCUACAAUGGGCAGGAUGCCGUGGUCAACGAGCUGACCGACUACGGUGCUAACGUGAACCAGCCCAACAACAGCGGGUUCACCCCUUUGCAUUUUGCUGCUGCGUCCACACACGGUGCUUUGUGUCUUGAACUGCUAGUGAACAACGGGGCAGAUGUUAACAUCCAGAGUAAAGAUGGUAAAAGUCCACUGCACAUGACAGCUGUCCAUGGAAGGUUCACGCGGUCACAAACCCUCAUUCAGAAUGGAGGUGAAAUUGACUGUGUGGAUAAGGAUGGCAACACUCCUCUCCACGUGGCUGCAAGAUACGGUCACGAGCUUUUGAUUAACACCUUAAUAACCAGCGGAGCUGACACAGCCAAGUGUGGAGUCCAUAGCAUGUUCCCCCUACAUUUAGCCGCCCUAAACGCUCACUCUGACUGCUGCAGAAAGUUGUUAUCAUCCGGCUUUGAAAUAGACACCCCAGAUAAAUUUGGACGAACGUGCCUUCAUGCUGCUGCUGCAGGAGGUAAUGUGGAAUGUAUAAAACUCUUGCAGAGCAGCGGAGCGGACUUCCAUAAAAAGGACAAGUGUGGGAGGACCCCUCUGCACUAUGCAGCUGCAAAUUGUCAUUUCCACUGUAUUGAGACAUUAGUAACCACAGGGGCCAACGUUAAUGAAACAGAUGACUGGGGACGGACAGCUUUGCACUAUGCUGCUGCAUCAGACAUGGAUAGAAAAAGUAAGACUAUCUUAGGAAAUGCCCAUGAAAAUUCAGAAGAACUUGAAAGAGCCCGAGAACUGAAGGAAAAGGAAGCCGCAUCCUGUCUAGAGUUUCUACUUCAAAAUGAUGCAAAUCCGUCUAUCCGGGACAAGGAAGGCUACAAUAGCAUACAUUAUGCUGCCGCCUAUGGCCACAGACAGUGUCUGGAAUUGCUUUUGGAGAGAACCAACAGUGGUUUUGAAGACUCAGAUUCCGGUGCUACCAAGAGUCCGCUCCACUUAGCUGCCUACAAUGGGCACCAUCAGGCCUUGGAGGUCCUUCUGCAGUCGCUGGUAGACCUGGACAUCAGGGACGAGAAAGGCCGCACUGCUCUGGAUCUGGCUGCCUUUAAGGGACACACAGAAUGUGUGGAAGCACUUAUCAAUCAGGGCGCAUCCAUCUUUGUGAAGGACAAUGUAACCAAAAGAACCCCACUUCAUGCCUCAGUAAUUAAUGGUCACACACUGUGUUUGCGGCUGUUACUAGAAAUUGCAGACAACCCGGAAGUGGUUGACGUGAAAGAUGCCAAAGGACAAACCCCACUGAUGCUUGCAGUAGCAUAUGGACACAUUGACGCUGUCUCAUUGUUACUUGAAAAGGAAGCAAAUGUAGAUGCUGUUGACAUCAUGGGAUGCACAGCUCUACACAGAGGGAUUAUGACGGGACACGAGGAAUGUGUGCAAAUGCUGCUGGAACAAGAAGUGUCGAUUCUCUGUAAAGAUUCCAGAGGGAGGACCCCCUUGCACUAUGCGGCGGCUCGCGGCCACGCCACAUGGCUGAGUGAGCUGCUCCAGAUGGCACUUUCCGAGGAGGACUGUUCUUUCAAAGAUAACCAAGGCUACACGCCGCUGCACUGGGCUUGUUACAAUGGUAAUGAAAACUGUAUAGAGGUACUUUUGGAGCAAAAAUGUUUUCGCGAAUUUAUCGGUAAUCCCUUUACUCCGCUGCACUGUGCAAUAAUAAAUGACCAUGAGAAUUGUGCAUCAUUGCUACUUGGGGCCAUAGAUUCCAGUAUUGUCAAUUGUAGAGAUGACAAAGGGAGGACACCGCUUCAUGCUGCAGCUUUUGCUGAUCACGUGGAGUGCUUGCAGCUUCUUCUGAGACACAACGCUCAAGUGAACGCAGCAGACAAUUCAGGGAAAACAGCGCUGAUGAUGGCUGCUGAGAAUGGGCAGGCAGGCGCUGUGGAUAUUUUGGUGAACAGUGCCCAGGCUGAUCUGACUGUGAAGGAUAAGGACUUGAACACACCCUUACAUUUGGCUAGUAGUAAAGGUCAUGAAAAAUGUGCCUUGUUAAUACUUGACAAGAUACAAGAUGAGAGCCUUAUUAAUGCAAAAAAUAAUGCACUGCAGACCCCCCUGCACGUUGCUGCCCGCAACGGCUUGAAGGUGGUGGUUGAAGAAUUGCUGGCAAAAGGGGCCUGUGUCCUCGCCGUGGAUGAAAAUGGUCAUACCCCGGCCCUGGCUUGCGCUCCUAACAAAGACGUGGCUGACUGCCUGGCCCUCAUUUUGGCUACCAUGACUUUAUCUCCUUCCAGUGCAAUGACGGCUGUCAACUUCGUUUGUUUUAAAAAAGACAAUUUGAGCAGGACGACCCUCUCCAAUCUGGGUAGCAUGGUUAGCCUCUGCAGUAACAACGUAGGCUCGGAGGAUGGGUACAAUGAAAAUGAUUCUGAUUCCGAAACGUUUUGACUUUGGACUGUAGAAGCUUUUCCUUGUUCAACCAUGUUGGAGGAAGGGAAAGAAACUUGAAUUCCAGGUUGAUGUUGUAUUCAAGUAUUAUUAUGGGCCCAGGCUUCCUCUAGAAGCCAGUAGAGAAGGAAUUAAUCAAACUGAAGGAGGGCAGCUAGGCUGGAGGGCAGAGCACUCACACAGACGGGCCCCGAUUUUGAUUUGUUUCAUGUUUUCCUUAGAUCUAAGAUGCUCCUGUGAAAGUCUACCUCUCACUUUAAGUAAAGAAUAAAAAAUGCAUUUAACUCUUUCUCUUUGGGGAUAAUGCACCGAGAGGGAGCUAUUCUCUAUAGAUAUUUUUUUCAUGUACUCACUUGGCAGUGAGUUCUCAGAAGUAUAUCAGUGUGACAUUCCUGUCCCCCCAGCGGGGGACGGGUGGAUAGGGAAUGCCGCAAAGCUCUUCUCACUUUGAUGUUUACCUCCUCACUAGAAGCCAAAGGUAAAGAGGUGUUCAUCUUGAGAAAUAAUGCCUGUAAUAAUCUUUUUAAGGGAGUCCAAUUAUUCAUAUCCUCUCUAUAGUAAGCACUUAAAUAUCCAGAACUUCUUUCUGAGGAUUUUUGUUAAAGGUGCCAGAUGAAGAGAAAAAUUCAUUGAAAAUGGAACUUGUUUUUUUCAUUUAACACACAUAUGGCACCCAGUGCUCCCCAUAACAAACCUGUGACUAAUUUUCACCCGAGUGAUUGAGUCCAAAUCUAAUAACAUUUCAGAUGAAAAUUAUAUUGCACCAAGAGUUUGAGACAUGUGCAAAUUUACUAUGAAACUACCCUUUAUUAAUUCGUUCUUAAAUCAAAGUACUAACGUUUAACAACAUCAGAACCAUCAGCAUUGUUUAUCAAUAGUAAAAUGUUAAAUGAGCUUCUCAGUCAAGGUCAUGCCAAGUGAGUCAAAGUGUGACUGCCAAAGGGAAGAAGGAAAGUGAAAGCAGGAGGUAGAAAUGGGUGACAUGGAAAUUAAAGCCAAUUGACGGUUGCUUGAUGAUGAAAUCAACAUGGUGAAUACUGUGUCUGCUCCCUCUGCCAAAGCUUCUAGGUCAAAUGGACCCCGUUCUGCACCUGGAAUAGCUGUGCAAAAAGAAGAAUGAGACUCUCUAAAAAUUAUGCACAUAUACACGCACACAUAUAUGUAUAUAUAUGUCUGUCGUUCAUCAACCAGCUAUACAUGAGGACCAAAAUGCUUCAGUCUAAAAUGGAAGAUUCAAAUGGUUUUCCUUCAAAAUGGAAGUGAAAACUGAAGUAGCUUUUCUAUGGAGUUAAAAUGUAAUCUUUUGCGUAACAGUCUUUGUUGUAUUUUAUAUUUCUGAUGACACAGAUUUCUAGUUGAUGGCUUAACAUUUGUAACUGAUGAUGUGUUGACCACGGCUUAUUUUUUUGCCAAACUAGAGAAAAUGUUCAUAUACUUUUGAUGUAAAUGUGUUUCUAUUUAUUUGAAAUGAAACAAAUGCUGAGGAAACAUCCAUUGUUUGUUCUCUAUUUUAAUUGCUAUGUGUCUUACUUGGAAUAACAAAAAAGCAGAAAAAUACACAGGACCCUGCCUGGGCUGGCCAGCAGUCCUGGGGCCAAGCCCAGCGUAUCCACUGCUAAGGUUCCAGCCAACCCUCAAGCUCUUCAGAUACGUUGGAGUGAGGUACAACACCCAUCCAUCGGUGAGCCCCAGGCUGUAGCCACCUUAGAGCUUCGAGGACACUGCAGUACUUACGCUCUUGUGCAAGAUGAAAACUGAAGUGGAUCAUGUGCACAAAGGUGGCCCAAAGAAAGAUACAGAAAUUAUUCUAAAUCCACUGAAAGUCUCACAUGGUCUCGGUAACCCAAUGGGAAACUAUGCCUGUGUGUGGGCACCUAUACCAAGAGGAGAAAUAAAAAUCACCAGCUCAAGUGCUAUUUUCCACUUUAGGGAGAGACAAGAAAGAAACAGGUUGCUUUAGGGCAGUUUUCUCUGACGUUUUAUAAGCAGUUCUGUUUUCCUCCUGGAAAUUGCUAUUUUAUAGUGUGAGAUUUUUAAAACAGUGUUCUAUCAUAUCUGGAUCAAAUGCAGAUACAGUAUUAGAUUUUUCAUUUAACUGUAAAAGACUUUAAUCUUACUCUUUUAAUAUCCUGGAUGUAACUAAAAACUCAUGUUGGGUUCUUCACAAAUGAGAACUUGUUCAAAGGACUUAUAGAAUCGGUAUUAAUUUCACUGAAAAUUUUUGACACUGCUACCGUUGUUUUUUUAAUUCUUGGCAUUGUGUUCCUCUCCUUCCUCUGUCCUUUUUGUUUAGAGACAGUGAAUUUUUUAAAAGUAGAUAAAUUGCUGAUGAGCAAUAAUGACCUUAUCUUUACCAAAACACUGAAAAUUAGGGAGAUCCAGUGCUGAAGAAGCAUGGGAUACUGCGUGUCUUUUUCUAGAAGUGAAUGGAAAUCUUGCUCAGUUGGCGUUUAAAGCAGCAAAUGAAAUGCCUGCUUUAAUGGUAAAGCAGUGCUAACAUUUCUCCUGUAGAGUAGCACAGAGAAUAAGGAAUGUGGCAGCAAAGCAGUGACGCCGGGUGACAUUGUCUCCAUGGAGCUGCGAUUUGAUUCCCCCCGCCCCACCCCACUGUCUUACUGAUAGAAAGGAGGAGGACAAAGGAACAAAAUGAAACCAUGCCCACUAGAGAACCGUUCAUUGAAUCCAACUCUCUCGCUCUCUCGCUCUCCUGCUCUCCUUCUAUUUCUCCCUACCCCCAAGACCAAAUUUUUUCCUUUAAGAAAUGACUUUAAAAACUAUGAGUUCUGUGUUUUUCAAGUACAUCUCUUAGAAGUAAAACUAGAUUGGCAACUUGGCUUUCUAAGAAAGAAAACAGAAAAAAUUGUGCUUUUCAUUGAGUCUUGUUGUUUAGUGCUUUUACCAAAAUGUGUUAUUUUUAGAUUGUCUUUUAAUCACAGCCACAGGGAUCAUGUUUCAUCCACUUACCUGUGCUCUGUGUCUGCCGAUCCUCGGUAAAUACAUCACUAUCUCCAAAUUGCCUAAAAUCUGCUAUGAUUCUACAGUAAAUAGCUCAGGGGACUUCUAUUUAUCACUACUAAAAGGGCACCAUAGUAUGUUUUGGUACUUUAGGCAGCAAACAGCUGCUUGAUUUCUUCUCUUGUUAUGAAGCUAGAACAAGAACAUCGAGCGGAUUUGCUGCACUAGUCAUUCUCUGUACUGUUGAGCAACUUGGUUUGCUGAUCUGUUGCGUUGGUUGAAGAACUCAUCCCUUUUUUGUCUUGUGAUAUGAAGUUAGAGUGCCUUUUUAUAUUUGUAUAUUCUGAAGACGUUCUGUGAAAUGUUUUGUAUUUUUUUCAUUUGAGUGUUAUCAGAGCAAUAUAAUACCAGUGACUUUUCAUUUCGGCCUUUCUUUGAAUGUAUAAAGUGUCUUUUUUCCUAUUUCCCCUCUUACCUGCUUUGAAAUGAAAAUGAAAAUGCUGAAGUUUUUUAUAGGAAUUAUGUUUGAUAUUGCAGUGCUAAAAUGCUUUCUUCUUACCAAACUGUAAACCAUAGGUCAGUGUUAUAGGGGAAAAGCGUUUUAAGAUAGUGACAAUCUGAGUGUGUGUAUAAAAUGUAAUUCUGUGCGUUUCUUAUGCAGUGAUCUAAAAAUUCAAUGCAAAUAUCAUUUCUUUGGUAGUUUUGUCUGCGUAUUUUAUGCUUUAGCAUGUGCAAUAUAUCUUUGCGAAGCACGAUGAUACAAAUCCGGUGCCAGUGUUAUAUUUUGCAUAACAUAUUUGUAACAGCAUAAAGUAUUGUUUGAUGAUUUCAGUGGGAUUUUGUCUGUAAUGUUUUCUUAUGUAAAUUGGAGUUGAAUGACUCUGGUAAAUGUCCUGACUGUAAAAAUGAGGAAAAUGAUUUUUAGUUCAGUGAGUGACUUUGAACCAAUCUGAAUCUUCUCAAGCACAGUUUAAUACUUUUUCAACUACUGAAUGCUAAUAACGUAAUGAAGUGCAUAACUGUAAUAUACUACGGAAGUGCAUUCAGAUGGUUAUUUUUACAAAUAAAAACGGUACAA